CAGAAGAAGAACGUCAUUGGCCGUCAUGGCGUCCACAAUGUUGAGGUCGCUUACUAAACUCGGACGUCCUUCAACAAAAUUAAUAUUAAGCCAGAAUUUGCUGAGCCCCGGCUGCGCUCUGCUGCAGAACAGGCAGAAGCAAUGGCAGCCGGAUCCAGAGUGGAUGGAGCAGUACGCCGGGGCGGUGAUGUACCCCACCGCCGUCAAUGAGAAGUGGACUCCACCUCCAUGGAACGACAAAGACCCCCCCGCAGAGAAGGACGUGUCCAACCUGACCAUCAACUUCGGGCCCCAGCACCCCGCUGCCCACGGCGUGCUGCGUCUGGUGAUGGAGCUCAGCGGAGAGUCCGUCAAGAAGUGCGACCCCCACAUCGGCCUGCUGCAUCGCGGCACCGAGAAGCUGAUCGAGUACAAGACCUACCUGCAGGCUCUGCCCUACUUCGACCGUCUGGACUAUGUGUCUAUGAUGUGUAACGAGGAGGCCUACUCUCUGGCCGUGGAGAGGCUGCUCAACAUCCAGGCUCCGCCCCGCGCCCAGUGGAUCAGAGUCCUGUACGGAGAGCUGACCCGGAUCCUGAACCACAUCAUGGCCAUCACCACGCACGCCCUGGACAUCGGCGCCAUGACGCCUUUCUUCUGGAUGUUCGAGGAGCGAGAGAAGAUGUUUGAGUUCUAUGAGCGUGUGUCUGGAGCCAGGAUGCAUGCGGCCUACGUCCGGCCCGGCGGCGUCCACCAGGAUUUGCCUCUCGGCCUGAUGGACGACAUCUACGAGUGGUGCAAGAACUUCUCCAUCCGGAUCGAUGAAGUGGAAGAGAUGCUGACCAACAAUCGCAUCUGGAAGAAUCGCACGGUGGACAUCGGCGUGGUUUCAGCGGAGGAAGCCCUGAACUACGGCUUCAGCGGAGUGAUGCUGCGGGGCUCGGGAAUCAAGUGGGACCUCAGGAAAUCUCAGCCGUACGACAAAUACGACGAGGUGGAGUUCGACAUCCCCAUCGGGAGCAACGGCGACUGUUACGACAGGUACCUGUGCAGGGUGGAGGAGAUGCGGCAGUCCCUGAGGAUCAUGCUGCAGGCGCUCAACAAGAUGCCGGAGGGCGAGAUCAAGGUGGACGACGCCAAAGUGGCUCCGCCCAAGAGGUCCGAGAUGAAGAUGUCCAUGGAGUCUCUGAUCCACCACUUCAAGCUGUACACAGAGGGCUACCAGGUGCCUCCGGGCGCCACCUACACCGCCGUGGAGGCGCCCAAGGGGGAGUUCGGCGUCUACCUGGUGUCGGACGGCUCCAGCAGGCCCUACCGCUGCAAGAUCAAAGCGCCCGGAUUCGCCCACCUGGCCGGACUGGACAAGAUGGCCAAAGGUCACAUGCUGGCCGACGUGGUGGCCAUCAUCGGUACACAGGAUAUCGUGUUUGGUGAAGUCGACCGCUAGCCGCCCGGGGAUCCUCUGCCUGCCUCACUUCCUGUUCUGUGUUCAGCGCCGUGCGGCGGUGGAGGCCGCCUGCAGCCGCUGCUGUACAGUGCUCCAAUACUCCCAAUAAAUAUUUUAUGGACUGUAAAGCAGC